GUUUGACGAAGAUCUGAUAAAAAUUUUCGCGAAAAAUGUUUAAAUUUAAAAUAGAAAGAAAAAAUAUUUAAAUAUUUUGAGAUUCGGAAUAUUAUUUUUUCUUUUUUAAAAAGAUAAUGUUAGCUGACUUUAUGAAAGUAAAGUAGUAAAAAAUUUUUUACAAUUUUUAACAAAAGAUUGCCUGCAUACAGCCACGAUUUAAACCUAAUUCUAAACUUAUGGACAAAAUUAAAGAAAUCAGUUCAUUCAAAAAAACCAUGAAAUAAAGACGAAGUUUGAGAAACUAUAAAAUUAUUGAAGAAAAAUAUUUUAUUCACGGAUUGUAAAAAUCUAAUUUCUUUCAUCAAAGUUAAGAUAUUAAAGAUAUCAUACGCACACGAGGAGAUAUAACAAAAUAUUAAUGAAAUGUUGUUUCUUCAAAAAUUUUAAUAUCAAUAAAGAGUUUGAUCAAUUUUAUUCCCGAGCAACGUUUCGUUUAUUCAUUUCUUUCUUUUCAAUAAUAAAUAUUAAUUUCUGACAUACUGUUGUUACUUAUCUAAAUGUUCUUUACUUUUAACAACAUUAGUUACAACAACAUAAAAUAAUAUUUUAUAAUUAUAAAACAUAAAUGAUUCUCAGUCGAUUUCACAUUAGUAAGAAUGAAUCUGAUCGAAAACUUUUUGCCAAAUUUGUAAAUAUUGUCAAUAUUAUAAUACGCAACACGUGCGGCUACUCGCCAUAUUGAAAUCUCCGAGCAUGGUUAUUAGCAACCCUUGAUCGAUAGAUCUCCUUUCGUUUCUUAUAUUUCUUUUUUUUUUUUACUUUUCACUACUAUCAACGCAAGAAUAUGAUCUAUCUCUUACAUAAUGCAACAAAAUAAUUGCUACUUCGAAGUGUAUAACUAUAACUGCAAUUAAAAUAGAUUGCAUAUAAGUGACCGGUUAAUAGAUUAAUUGGCAUGCCUUUCGACUUGACUCGAAAUGUCGAUCGAAAAACAUUGACAGUUCUCUAAACUUCUAAGAUGAAGAGCACGAUUCUAAUAAUUUUUCUUCACUCUUGUUUGAGCUCCUUGCCGGAAGUUUUUUCCUCUAGUAUUUUCGGAGGAAGUGUUAAGAACCGUACCAUGAAGCCAAGAGUCGUAUUGCCAGAUAAUUACGUGAAAGAGAUCCGACCACCAUCGAAGAAGGGUGUCCCAGUGACAGUUGACUUCAGUAUUUUUGUCGUGGACAUAAAUUCCAUUAAUGUCGAGGAUAUGGAUUUUAGAGUCGACAUGUUCGUUCGUCAAAGCUGGACCGAAUCACGACUUUAUAUGCUCGAUGAUAUCUUCGAGGAAGGAGACGAUUAUGUUAUCUUUCCAGCAGAAUUCUACGAUAAUCUUUGGCAGCCCGAUCCUUAUUUUUUGAAUUCAAAAGUCUCCGAGAUCGCUACCUUAAACCACAAAUUCUCAUCGGUCACACUGUACAGAAAUAAAACCGUCCGAUAUUCCGCGCGAAUGCACGCGAUUAUAGCGUGUCAAAUGGAAUUCCAGCUUUAUCCCAUGGACAUACAAGUCUGUCCCAUCUAUGUGGAAAGUUUUUCUUACAAUAGUCAAAAGUUACGAUUGAGAUGGGACGAUAGCGGUGUAACGGUGAAUCCUGAGUUAAAAUUGUUACAAUAUAAUAUAGGGAAACCGGUUGUAUUCGAAGAGACUACUAUGAUGGAAAAAAAUGGAAAUUUCUCAAGGUUGGUAGUUUUGUUUCGAUUUGAGAGACAAAUCGGACAUCAUCUGAUACAAACGUUUGCUCCAUCGACGUUAGUCGUGAUGUUCUCCUGGUUCAGCUUUUGGUUGGAUUUGGAUGCUAUACCCGGACGUGUAGCUCUUUUGGUAACGAGUAUGCUUACUUUGGUGACCAUGUUUACUGGCUUGAAAAGUGACAUACCUCCGGUUGCGUAUGUGAAAGCACUCGAUGUUUGGAUGGCUGGUUGCAUGAUGUUCGUAUUUGCUGCUCUGGGAGAAUUUGUGGUAGUCAAAGUGCUUGAUUUGCGCUAUCAAUUUGUAAGCGAUAUACAAUCGUCAAUUGAACCUCAGAGCUUUCAAACGCGAUUAGUUAUGAUGGAUAAAAGCCAAAAUUCUGGAUUCUGGGAUUAUGAUACCAUAUAUGUAACAAAAUCAAAGAACAAUCGAGCAGGCAGCAAACAUCUUUUACAAACAUGGCUUGAUCUUGAAACAUCGUCUCUAUUUCCUCAUCGAACACGAUCGCAACAAAUAGAUCGUUAUAGCAGGGUUGGAUUUCCCAUUCUUUUUCUUUUAUUCGUCGUUUUAUAUUGGCCUAUACUUUUGCUCAAGAAAGCAGCAUAA